GUUAUUUUAGAUCAAUUGCUCACAAGCAUGACAAAGUGUUGCCGUCAAUAAAUGAAAUUUGGUGAACACUUAAGAAAACAACGACUACCUCAAUGGAGGUUCUUUUACCUUGACUACGACGGCUUGAAAAGCACUCUCAAAAAAACCACCGAGGAAUGGGCUGACAAGGACGAUCAGUUGUUCAUUGACCGUUUGGUCAUUGAACUUGACAAGGUCCAUUCUUUUUACGCUCUCAAACUUGGUGAAACACAGCGUCGUAUCCGAUCCUGCCAACGACGAAUCCAAACCCUCAGCAUGUCCCAACACCCAGCUCUUUCGGAAUAUCUCUCAAUUCAAAACGAAAUCACUGAUAUUACCAGCGAAGUCCAGGAAUUAUUUUGGUAUACUCGGCUCAAUUACAGUGGGUUCAUAAAGAUUGUCAAGAAACAUGAUCGUUAUGCUGAUCAUGUUCCAAAGCUACGGGGCCACUUCUUGACAUUAUUACACCAUCGGUCGUUUUAUAAAGCUGAGGCUUUUUCGCAAUUAACGACGGAACUGGCAAAGCUAUACGACUCAGCUCGAGUGAGUGGUCAUCAGCCAUUCAACGACUUUUCCACCAUUACCCCACCCAACGUUAUUACUCCCAUUGUUCGUCAGCAUCAACCACUUGUCUACAAAAACACUAAAUAUUGGGUCCACCCCGACAACAUCAUGGAUGUCAAGACCCAUAUAUUGAAGUAUAUGCCGCUGAUUAGUCAGAACGCUUCUUCUUCACCACAAACCACCGGCGGUCCACCCUCCACACCUCCCAGUCUCAUUACUGAUUCGGUCAUCGCACAUGCCACGGAGGAACGCUGCAGCGACGAACUAAUAUCAUCGGUCUACUUGGAUGAUCAAUACUUUUCGUCGUAUAUGUCACGUGUGCAAUUUUCGGCAGACCAACGAACCAUUCGGCUGCGCUGGUAUGGCAACGACACUCGCAAUGUUCAUGUUGAACGAAAAUCCUAUAAUUACAUUAAUCAAGAACCUGUUGAAGGACUGCCAGCAUCUCAGGAACAAUCUGAAGAAUCAAGUACAAAAGACCGACAUACACUCAAAGCCAAAGCAGUUACAGAAUGGCUUCGCGGAGACUGGAGUGUGAGUGAAAAAUUACAGAAGGCACAACUUAAAAAGCAAUCCAGUGGACUUGACUGGGUCAUGGAGGAUGACGAUGACAUGGAAAUCGAACGACUUCGAAGUAUUGCCCAGGAUAUUCAAGACAUUGUGGUAGGAGAUCAAUUACGACCUGUGGUGCGGACGGUUUUUCGUCGGACGGUAUUCCAAUCACCUGAUGAGAAUGUUCGAAUUUCUAUGGAUACGGACUUUGUUAUGGCUCGUGAAUUUGGAUGGAACCAUCCCGAGUCACCUAUGGCGGACCCGUGGCGAAGAGAUGAUCUCACAGCACAGACGGCCGAUGAAGAUCAAUACCUUGAUAUACCCAACGAACCUGCUCAUCCUGACGAUUACCAUCGCUUUCGGUAUGCCAUUCUCGAAGUGAAGCUACGUACACCACAGUACCCUACCACCAUGUGCAUCGGCGAUAACGAUGAACCUGAUUGCGUCAAAACUCUUGUGCGUGCCCGAAUGAUGGAGCCUAUUCCUCAUUUUUCAAAAUACGUCCAUGCCGUCUCAGUUCUGUGGGAUUCCAAAGUCCCGUUAUUACCAUUUUGGCUUCCACAGCUUCAAGAAGGCGUGUAUUGUCCCACAGGGAUUCGAUUACAUCGCGCCUACCACUCCACGGCCGAGUCAUGCGACACUGGCAUGGACAGCCAAGAUAGAAAUCCUCCAUUACAGCCCGAUUUCUCCUUCCAACUACAAGCACCUCCCUCACGUCCCAUGAAUCAAUCAUUACAUAUUGCAUCCUCUGUACCAUCCAUUACCAACGAAACCACGCCUUUGUUAACACUCUCUGACAACGAAGCACAGACCUCACGACCCACCAUAGCACAUUCUGUACGGCGAUUGGUGCAAGCAGUGUACCCUGUUAUUCUGCUUAUCCUCAUUACGGCCAUCGCACUGGCCAUAGCCGAAAUCGAAGAUCGAAUGUUGGCAAACGUUCUUGGCGUCCUGGUGGCUGCCAUGGCAUUAGCUGGGUUUUGCCUUUGGAUGUUUGUUUUUAAAACCUCUUUGACUCAGACGACCAGAGCAAUGUGAAACCUCUUUUUUUUUGUUCUUUACAAAUAAUCACGUUAGUUAUUGACCAAUAAACAUUGGUUUAACAUCAAUCUACUGGAAACCCGUAUGUAAACAUCGAUGACCGCAUUUCACUGCUGUUGAUAGUUGCUGCUGUAGCUUUCAAUCAGCUUGAUCUGACACUGAAAAAACCAAGACAUUACAUACAAACUGGAAAACGGCCGAAACAUAGUUUGCAUGAAUAUGUGAUCUCAUUCGCAUCAAUUCC